AUGACAGAGUUAACUGCAAAAGUAAGUAGUGGGCUUCGGCCUUUCUCAGAAGUGACGCUUCAGGCCCUGGGCCAAGAUGAAGCUACGGGAGAAUAUGGGCUUCAAGGAAAACUGACUCCAGGACUCGCUUGCUUGACUUGUGGUCCACAACUGGAGAUUAUAAACACUUUGACAGGACAGAGGGCAUCGGCAUAUAGAUUCCAGAGUGUGAACGGGGAACCUGCGAUCAUUCUAGCUGUCAAGGAAUUCUUGUGGCACAAGAGAAAAGGUUUGCUCGUUGGACUGGAAGACAGCGAAGGGAGCAUCCUGUGUCUUUAUGACUUUAGUCUUUCCAACGUGGUGAAAGCAAUAGCAAUUUCAGGGAGGGUAACAGCUAUUGAAACUGUAUGUAAUCAGGGAGGACCUAGUGCAGGCAUUGAGAAUUUACACCCCAGUUUGCAAGGGCUCUUUGGUGUGGCUGCAGUGGCCACAGAUCUUGGAAAGAUCAUGCUGAUUGACCUAGCUCUGGAUGACCUGCCAUACAAACAGAAUGGACUAAAUGCAUCGCUUCUUCAUCUCAUGACUGGUAUUCCAGUGGAAGUAACACACCUUAGAGAAAAGGCUAGGCAAAGAGGGUGCCAUCUGGGUUUCGAGCUACUAGGCCCAUCAGCAACAGAAAUUUCAACUCUGGUUGACAUAAAUCACACAAACCAACUCGCAGUAGGCUAUGCUGAUGGUUACAUAGCACUCUGGAGUAUGAAAAUGCUGACCAAAGAGUAUUACAAACAGUUGAAAGGAGGAAGAACACCCAUAUGUGCUAUUACUUUUCAAGAACCCGAGAAUGUGCCUAAGAAUUUCUGCUAUUUGUGGGCUGUUCAGUCCACACAGGACAGUCAAGGGGACAUACUGAGUGUGCAUAUACUUAAGUUACGCUUUCGUGAUAAAAAAUGUUUGACAUCAGGACAAAGCUUAAAUGAGAGGUUGUAUGGCUGUGCAGAAAGGUACACACUGGACCUUUCAGAAGGCAUCAUUCCUUUGACAGGACAGACUAACAUCAAAUUCUUAGGGUGUCAGACUAUAGAAAAAUUUCCAUCUCUGUGUGAUAGGGAAGAAGGCCUGAAUGAAGCUCUGUCUCCUGAAACUAGUGUUUCCAUCUUUACCUGGCAAGUGAGUACAUGAACAGGAAAGCCUUCUGUAUAUUUGGGGAUAUUUGAUAUCAACAGUUGGUAUAGUGCACGAUUACCUCGUGCACUAAAAUCGGGUCAAUAUCUCCAUAAUUGCUCUUAUUUUGCUCUGUGGUCCCUAAAUUCUGUAGUAAGUAGCUUUUUUCUACAUGACAUCUUGCAUAUCUUAGUGCAUGAGAGGAGUUUAAGUCGAGGAAUUCCUCCUUCCCAUCCACCUCCUGAGGAGUUUUUUCAUCCAAGAUGUCUUAAUUUUGAUGCUACUUGUUUGAUGAACUCAGGAGUGGUUCACAUCAAUUGCACUGGCUUUCAGAAAAAGAAUCUGAUGUUUUCAAGUGCAUUGGGGCAAUCUCUCAACAUUGUCAUUCCUGAUCAUUAUAAGCAAUGUCUUCAGGCUGACAUGUCACCAAACUUUCUUGAUAAUCCAUCUUCAAAUUUAAGUCAGCAAGACCAAUUAGAAGCUUUGUGGUCUGCAGUAGACCAAACAAAUUUCCUCGCACUUAUGUCUAGAUGCAUAAAACAAUGGGCAUCAGAACACCCAAAUUCUGCCACUACGUUGCGCUUUGUUCUUGAAUGGACAUGGAAUAAAGUGAAUGUCACAAAAGAAGAGUUGGACAGACUGUGUGCACCGUUAUUUGAUGGCUCAUGCCAUAUCAUUGAUCCUCAGACUAUACAGUCUAUCCAUCGUUGUCAUUUGCUUCUAAGCCACCUUAAUACAGUUCUUAAUUGUUUGUUAGCAGAGGCCAAAAGCAUGACUGAGACAGGCAUUAUCAGCCUGAACAAUAAACGUAUGUUUACUCAAAUAACAUGUCAGUACAUACAAGUGGUUCUUUGGUUCUGUCAUUUUGAGCUUCUACCAGAGGGCAUCCAUGAUGCUGUGCAUUUAAGAAGUUUAUUCUAUAACUACCCUGUAAUUCAGGAAUACUACACCAGUUGUCAACAAAAGUGUGAGAGUUUUUCAAGGGGGAAAUGGAAUCCUGACUACCUGAUCAUUGAUGGACUGGUUUCUCGCCUAGGAAAUAGGAUUGAGAAUUUGUGGAAAAACGAUGAAGGUGGCACUGGAAAAUAUCCUCCUCCAAGUCUGCAUGCACUGCUUGACAUAUACUUACUUGAUAAUAUUACAGAAGCAAGCAAACAUGCAGUUACCAUCUAUUUGCUGCUAGACAUUAGUUCUUAUUUUCCAAACAAACAGGAUUCUGCCAUUGAAUCAUUUGUUAAGAUUUUUGACAUUUCUUAUUGCCAGCUGAAACUGAUUAAAGGUUUUUGUUAUAUAGAUCAUAAAAUUUAUGAGAGGGCUUUGGAACUUCAGUUACACCCAGCCACAGUCAACAUACAAUGGCAACAUACAAUGAUUCUUCAAGCUUUCAUAAGUCACAGUGAGCACAGAAUCGCCCUCAGAUAUAUCCAUACCAUGAAGCCAACGAUGGUCACAGAUGAAGAUAUUUGUCUUCACCUCACCAUUUUGAUCUACAAUAGGUGUGUGGUUGAGGCCUUUAGUUUGCUGCGGCAACAUUCUAGUAGUUUAAACAGAAAGGACUUAUUAAAGCACACUUACGACAUGUGCCAGAAAAUGGGCCUUCUGGAGGAUUUUCUAAAGCUACCUCUCACAGACACUGGAGACUGUUUGAAAAGAAUUGUGCAAGCCAGUAACAAUGUUCAGAACCAUAACUUCCUUUUACCUCACCACUUACAUCAUGCCAAUUAUAUCCCUGCCUUGAAGCUGAACCAAACUCUGCAGAUGAAUAGCAUGAAUGAUCAUGAUCCUCUUAUGGAAGUGAGACCUCGGGUUCGAAAUAGCAUAUUAGCCCAAUGUGGGAAAGGGGUUCCUAGAGUUGAGCAAAAAGUAACAAGUGAAAGAGCUAAGCCAUAUAGUCGCUCAACAACCAUUGUUCAAGAAGUUGCUACACCCAAAGUGUUAUCAGCAUUUCCAAAGCCAACUUUAAAGAGAACUGUGUUGUCAAGAUCUGUUUUCAUAAAUAAAGUUUUGUCUGACUUGGAGACAGUUGGCACAAACAGUAAACCUAACACUGGCAUUUCUCUUUACACCAGUCCUAGAAUAAAAGAAACUUCUCCUGUAGUAUCUUCUCUCCCAAUAUCUGAUGCUUCUGUUGGAGCCCCAAUUUCACAAGCUUCACAAAAAUUAUCUAAACAGCUGAAUAUGGCUGAUUAUCCUGUAUGUCAGCCUAUGGCUGAUUAUCCUGUAUGUCCUCAAUGUAUGAGGGUUUUUCUGCAGAGCCCCACCAAAUCACCUUUGGACCUUCCAUCUUCUUUAAUGCCAGUAAAUUCAUGUGUCAAAAGAUCUGGGACCAAAAUUACCAAGGCUAAGGAAUUACAUUGCCUUGAAACUCCUCUUGUGGCUAAGAAAGCUAAAAUUUUGGCCACAACAGGUAAUGCUUCUGGAUUUGCCAAAUCUAGUCCUCAAUCCAUUUUAAAGUCUUGUCAUCCAUCAACUUUAGCAUCACCCUCUUUGUCUCCUGGACCUUCUCUUGUUCCUUUACAACUGAAGGAAACUACAGUUUCAGUGAGGGAAGAGGGCAUAACUGCACCAUACCAUCAAGAAAAUGAAAAUCAAGAAUUGCAUGUAAGGCUACAGGAUACUGCGAGCUCUUCUACUGAACUAAUUGCUGAUGUAACAGAAAAAGGUCAAGAUGGUAAUAGUAAUAUGGUUGAGGCUGAAGAAAGUCCUCCUAAAAUGCCACGACUUUCUGAUACUGGGAAUACCGAAGAUAUUUUGCUGUCAUCCCUGACAGCACAACAGGCAGAAGUCCCCAUGUCUGACACACCUAGGAAACGUGGUAGUCCAAGAAACAUAAAUGCUGAUGAUGUAGCACCCACAGCUCAUGAGGAGGAGAGAAGUCCCAAAAGGAGAAAAGAUCUUAGCAUUCAAAGGAGAUGGACAAGAAACACCUCAGCUACAACGAUAAAUACUCAUGCUGGAGAACGAGCUUCAGAGAAGUCAGUUUCAGUUCCAGAAGAGGAACUUGAGACAGUGUUGAAGUCCCAAGCUAAGGAAUUACAUUGCCUUGAAACUCCUCUUGUGGUUAAGAAAGCUAAAAUUUUGGCCACAACAGUUACUGACUCUGGAUUUGCCAAAUCUAGUCCUCAAUCCAUUUUAAAGUCUUGUCUUCCAUCAAAUUUAGCAUCACCCUCUUUGUCUUCUGGACCUUCCAUUGUUCCUUUACAACUUAAAGAAACUACAGUUUCAUUGAGGGAAAAGGGUAUAACUGCAAAAUGUUCAACUGAAGUUGCCUAUGACAACAAAACAUAUAUAUGUGUUUCUACACCACCUCAAUCAAUUCUAAAAAAACCUGACUCACUGAAGACACGAAAGAAGGUAUCUUUUUCCUUAGACCAUCAAGAAAAUGACCUUCAAGAAUUGCAUGUAAAGCUCCAGGAUACAUCCUCACAUUGCUUGGAGAAAUCAGAUGUGAGCAAAGGAAACAGCAUAUUUGACCAGACUUCCAGGGAAUAUCAUGAUGCAGUAUCAGCCAAAGACUUCGAAGGUAUGUUUACACCCUUGAAAACUGUGAGCUCUUCUACUAAACUAAUUGCUGAUGAGAGGGAGGAGAAGACCAAUAUGUACAAACACAUCAAAAGUUCAAAUGCUAUGCAAUUAGAGUUACCAAUUAUGUCAGGAAGGGCAUCAAAAGAGUCAAAAUCCUCUAUGCCUUUGGAAUCAACAAUUCAAACUUCAUCUAGUAAAGAAGGUGAAAAUAGAAGUUCUAAUGGAAUUAAAAAAACUGCAGAAUAUCAGGACAAUAGUGAAGGCAUGAAUGAAGCAAAUGAUAGUAAAACAAGUCCUAGAAGGAGUACCAGGAAAUUGAGAUGUGCUAAGUUAGAAGCUGCUGAAAAUGCAGAAUGUAUACAUGACUUAAAGUCCAGUGAACAGCAAUUGUUUACUAGCCACAGUAAAAUGAUAAAAUUUCAAAAAAUUAGAGAACCGUUGCAUGAGAUUUUCCUAUAUCUGACAUCCCUGACAACACAACAGGCAGAAUUUUCCAUGUCUGACACACCUAGGAAACGUGGUAGACCAAGAAACAUAAAUGCUGAUGAUGUAACACCCACAGCUCAUGAGGAGGAGAGAAGUCCCAAAAGGAGAAAAGAUCUUAGCAUUCAAAAGAGAUGUACAAGAAACACCUCAGCUACAAGGAAAAUAUACUCAUGCUGGAGAACGAGCUUCAGAGAAUUCAGUUCCAGUUCCAGAAGAGGAACUUGA